UGCGCCUCAACCACAUGCCGUCUGUCUUCUGCUACUGCAUGGCUGUGAGACAAACACGGGGUAGGUGCCUGGGCGUUUUCUGACAGUUGGCACGGCGUUUUUAUCUGGAGACUCCUUGUCGUGGCGCAAGAUUUGGUUCUGACUCCCUCCUCGUCAUACGAGUUCCCGUGGUGUGCCUUUGUCUCCUACUUGUGUGAUAUAAGACGAAAGCGGCCCCUAGACUCUGAGUCUGAUCGGCUCCGGUUAUUAAUCACUGCCAGUCUAAAUUACGACAACAGUUGUCGUUAACAGUAUCUGAGUAUCUCUUUUAUUUUACAUUUUUACCUCCAACCAGUCAAAUAGUCCACACAAACCACACCACCUGCGACUCAGUAUCCUGAGCCCCUCGUCACGCAAUGGGGAGGUAUAUCGAUCCCAAUGUCAGCUCGGGUGUCAACCUUGGCUUUACGGCCCUCAUGAUCGUGCCCUUGAUUGUGAUCAUGUGCAUCACCUAUCGCCGAGCACCACGCGCCGCAGAUCCCGCACGGGGAGCCGUCCCAUAUUUUAAGGUCGUGCUGCCGGUGACCACAGCAUGGAUUGUACUGUACACAAUAGCAGGCAUCCUUGGCAUCGUACUUGGUAACGCCUUGUCUUCAUGGGAGGCCCGAAUGGUAAUGCAAGAGGCUCAGCUGCGAAUAUCCACCAUAGCAUCCCUUGGCGCCCGCUUGGCAGACUUCCUCAUGAUAAUGACACUCGUCGAGAUGGGCAAUGGCUUUCUCUUCUGUCUUGCCGAAAUGAGGACAGGACUCCAGAAGGCAAUGAAAUACGUUGGGAUUGGGAGCUGCGCCAUCCUCGCCAUUCUUGCAGUCGCAUUAUUUGGCAUCACUAAUGCCCUGUAUUCCGCGUAUUUCGGCCAGAACGGCCUUUACUACGAGGAUUCGGAGCGUCUGUACGAUGCCAGGAAGGGAAUCAGUAGCGCCCUUACCAUUGUGGUGUUCAUCUGGUCUUUGGUGCUUGUGGUUUUCGCAGCAAUUGUCUUCACCAAGGCGAAGCGCAACCACGUACUGAGGAACUCAGCAAUGCUCUUCCUCAUCGCCACCGUCUUGUACUUUAUCAGCAACCUCUACCUACUCAUCUACACCGCCCUCUUUGUCCUCUCGAAUUUCUACCCCUACGACAGCUACGAGACCUACACAGCGCUCCUGUUCAUAGAUCCGAUCGUUGUCACAUGGACCUUUGUCAUUGCCUCGUCACUUGUCUGCGCUGUUGUCGUCCGAAAGAACAACGGCUUGUGGUCUACCCUGCAACCGUGGAUGAAUGAACAGAUCCCACCGGCGCUGGCUGCGAACGCGAACUACAAGGGGCACGGCGAGCAGUGGCAACAGCCAUCGAACAACCAUGUUAUGGGCGUCUAGUGGUAUUUUGCGCUGGGUAGGGUCGAUGGUCCGGGAUUUACCGUGCAGGAGUAUACGUAUCUUGAGUGGAAGCAGUAACACCUAGAGUCGGAAUAAUACAAUAAUAGAUAUCUGCAUAUACACUGCAUGCAGGCAAGA